AUGUCCCCGCGUGGGGACAAACGACCCUCCCCGGGGGACAAAGGCGGCGAGAAGGGAUGCAAAGGCAGGUACCAGGCGGUGCCCGCAGCCUGCCGGGCCCCCCUGAAAGCCCCAGGGGAGCUGGGGUGCCCGCUGGCAGCACCCCUGGGCAGCCUAUGGGGGCACGGGGUCCCCGAGCUCCCCGAUCCCCUGGGAACGAGCAAGAGCAAGAGCAAGAAGCGGAGGAACAGGACGACCUUCAGCACGUUCCAGCUGGAGGAGCUGGAGAAGGUCUUCCAGAAGACGCAUUACCCCGACGUCUACGCCCGCGAGCAGCUGGCACUACGGACGGACCUGACCGAAGCCAGGGUGCAGGUCUGGUUCCAGAACCGACGGGCCAAGUGGCGGAAACGGGAACGUUACGGGAAAAUCAGGAGGUGA